AUGGACUACUCAUCACCAUCGCCGUCUAUGGGCUCGAAAUCUCCGGAAGCAGUGAUGCAACAGGUGCAAGCUCAGCUCAAUCAAGCUUACGCGGAGGAGUUCAUCGAGACUCUCAGAGGAAAAUGCUUCGACAAGUGCAUAACCAAACCGGGAUCAAGCCUCGGCAGUGGCGAGAGUAGCUGCAUCUCUAGAUGCGUCGAUCGUUACAUGGAAGCUACUGCAAUUGUGAGCCGAUCUCUCUUCAGCCAGCAACGUUGA